CUUCUGCAAACACUGACGGUCAUGACUUGUAUCUAGUCAUAACAGACCAAGUCAUAUUGGGUGUAAAGUCACGUUUUGACAACCUUAAGUCACGUGCUAAAGACUCUGAGAUCGUCCCCUGCAAGCACUCCCAGCCAGCAGAAUGUUUCGUGGCGUUAAAAACUGUCCUCGCGUCGUGUCGGUACCAAAACUGUUCUGGUGUCUCCUGGGUGUCGGGGUGUUUGUCCUCAUCAUAGACCGGCAUUUGUCGCUCCAUGGGGUCGACCGGCACCGGCUACCUGACAAGGCCCUGGUUCACACCACACGUCAGACCCAGGCCUGUGUAUUCCCUGACCUUGACCCGUUCGACCCGAGUAUUCUAAAGAUAGCCGGGCUGGAGAAAGGCACGCUCCAGUGUCCGGGUUACGCCCCUGACCUGACAUACGUCACAGGCACCAGGCUGAUGGUCAACAAAACUCUGGCUGAGUUGACGCCCAACUUGACGGGGUGCAGGUACCGCCCCAUCUACCGGCACCCUGACAGCGACAAGAACGUCACAUUCGGCGCCUGGAGCCCCACCUUCACGGAGUUCAUUGACCUCAGUCGGUCCGCCGAGUUCAUCUUGUGCGUGUGUGAGAACAGCUCGCGAGAGAACGUGUCCAAGACCUACCACGCACUGGUGCCAGACUUCCCGGACAUUGGCGAGAUCGAGGCUGUCCGACUGAAGAAGCGGCAGGUCCAGGCCCGGCCCCGCGAGACGCUGAACGUCGUCAUGAUCGGACUUGACGGCCUGUCCCGGCACCAGUUCCUGCGUUCUAUGAACCGCACGCGGACACUUCUACUGGACGAGCUGACGUCAUACGACAUGCGCAUGCACACUCAGUCCGGCACGAACACGUUUCCCAACUUCAUCUCCCUGCUGACCGGCCACAGCAAGCUGGACAUCUUCAAGUGGUGGGACUUCCGACAGUUCUCCGACUCGUUCGACCUGCUCUGGGAAGAUUUCAACCGCGCGGGCUACAGGACGCUGUUCGCCGAGGACCAGCCCAUCAUCGCAGCCUUCCAUUUCAUGCAGAAAGGUUUUCUGCGGGCGCCGGUUGUGCACUACAGCCAUCCCAUCAGCGUGGCCAUGGAGCAGGACGAGGAACUCUUUUCUCCCGGCAAGCACUGCGUCGGUAACACACCGGAACUUGUCUUCAACUUCAACUACAUCGAAAGGUUUCUAGACAAGUUCAAAGGUCGGCCGGUGUUCGCCAUGCAGUUCCACACCAAGUUGACGCACAGUUUCAUGACGGACUCGGUGCUAGCAGACGAGCACAUGUACAGGUUCUACAGGUCCCUGCAGCAAAAAGGUCACCUGAACAACACACUGCUGCUGACCUUCUCUGACCACGGGCCGAGAUGGGGCGCCAUCAGGGCCAGCAUGAAUGGGAUGGUAGAAAGCCGAACACCUUACGCCAUCUUCACCUUCCCCCAGUGGUUCCUGGACAAAUACCCGGAUGUGGCGCAGAACCUGAAGACCAACACUGGCCGCCUGACCUCGCACUUUGACACCCACGCAACUCUCCAGGACCUGCUCUACUUCAAGGCCAGCGGUGUCCGCCCCUUCACCCCAGGAAAACAUGGCAUAAGUCUGUUCCAGGAAAUCCCGCUGAACCGCACGUGCGAUGACGUGCCGAUCCCCGUGGAGUUCUGUGUCUGCAACCAGCAACAGAUGGAGCAGCUACCUACAAACUCCAGUCUGGCUCUAGGCUUCGCUCAGCUCGUCCUUAACUCGAUCAACUGGAAGAGAAACGCCAGCAUCUGCCACGAGCUGUCACUGAGGUCAGUUCUGCAAGUGGUCAACAUCAAACUCCCGACAGUCUCGGUCGACUACGACAAGCGCUUGUUUAAGGUCAAAGUUCAGACUACGCCAGGCGACGCCAUCUUUGAAGCGACGAUUCAAACCUCGAACAAAGACAAUGCCUACAUCAACGCCUUCUUCAGCCAGUCCAAGAAGGGAGGUCUGUUGCUGCAGGUGGGAGACACCAUAGAGCGGCUGACAAUGUACGGGGCCCAGGCCGACUGCGAGCUGGAGGCCACACGAAAACCUUUUUGUUACUGUCGAAAUUACAGACCCGACACGUCGCAUUAGAUUUACUUGGUAUAUUUGUGGCUUUCAACUUUCUCAUUGACCGUUUUACAGUUUAUUGACCCUGAAUAAAUAAUUCACGCCGUAUUCGUCUUUUAUUAUAUCUUUCUCGGCAACUUGUAUGUAUAUACAUAAAUGCUUAUUUUAUUCCAGUAGCAGCUCUAACUGAAACAGUGUUUC